AUGUCAAACUUCUACUCAUAUUUCGACGACGGCUAUGACACACCGCACAUCUUGCCUUCGUUGAAUUGUUCGAACACAUCUGCGCGCGACUCGGCAGGCGAGAACGCCGAAGUCCUUGAAGGGAACGAACCUCACAUCACAUACCCGUUGAUGCUCUUCGCCGACUUCCCAGCAUUACCCAAUGGAGAGAAGCUGCAACAUUUACUGGAGCUGUAUCAGCAGAGAAUCGUUUACGGAACUCCAUUCUUGCAUUCAUUGUCUUCCUUUUCGACUACGACGGCCUCUUAUCUCGUAAUCACCAAGGCGCUUUUGGGCAGCGCCAUAUUGGCGGGCGGAAAUGAUACUGAAUCAUACGCACAAGCUUUACAAAGAGCUGCAUUCUCUCUGCUCAACGGCUGUAUGGAAAUUGACAACUCUCUUGCCAGAGAACCGGGAUGGAUACAUGCGGCACUUUUGUAUGUUCUCUAUGCUACACUUCAAGCGAAUUCGCAAGCUUGGAAUCGAAUGCAGGCAUGCGCCGGUUGGCUGGAUGCGGGAUUCCUCCGAAUCAUGCUCAAAGGAGUGGCAUUAGACAGAGACCAGGAGGGCUGUGGUGGAAGUCACAAUCAUCAAGAGGCUUCCUCUAGGUAA